GGUGGGUAAGGCAAUGAAUGCUACUGUCUUCAUUACUAGAGCCGAAAAGUCUCCGCACAGCAGCAGCAGCUGCGGCCGCCUCACCCGCCAACGCAGCGUUCAUGGCGCGGGGAAGGAAGGGAAGUGCCAUUUCGUAGCGUCUCGAUACUCUGGGGAGGAGGAAAAGGAAAACGGGGGGGCGGCAGUUCGAGGGGUUUCCAAUCGUACCCCUAAACUUCCCUGGGCCUCCGUCCUUCCGCCCUCAUGCGCGGCGCGUAUCCCUCCGCCACAGUCACCCCACCCCGCCUUCCAUUGCUGAGCUCGUCAACUCCCGCAGACCCCGGAUGGAAAGUGUAAUGGCCGCCAAUAGUGAGUCGUCGGACUAUGGAGACGGGCGAGUCAAGAAAUCAGGGACAUUUCAGAAGAUAAGGAAUCAUCUGGCACAAUCCUAAUUCCAAUCACUUUAUGAUGGUUUUAAGUCCCAUGGUUUCACAAAGCGUGUUCCCAGGUUUUUCUGUACACUGAAUACAAUAGCUCUUGAGCCUAGCUUUUAUGCCUCUCAUCUCUUAGGGAAGAAUGAUUGAGAAGGAACUGAAGAAUGGAAUUGUAGUCUUUUUUUAAUGAAUAUAAUAAGCUGCGGAAGUCCUGGAACUCUGGAAAUAUAUCAGCACAGAAAUCUCUUAAAAAGUACCACAACAGUAUAUUACUUUAAGAAAAAUGCCAUCUGAUCAAGAACCAUCAUUUUGCUUUCAAGAGGCAAGCUUGGUACAAGAAAAUGUGUCAGAUAGAAUGUGUGUUCCUACAUCAGUUGUUGUUGAAGAGUCUAAACCUCCACUUGCAGUCUCAGAUAUUCUCUCUCAUGGACUAAAAACCGUGAAAAUAGAAUUGCCGAGGGUACAUAUCCCGAAUGAAGUGCUAUUUAAACAUGAAAUAGAGAGAUACAUGAAAUUAUUUCAGUGUAAAGAGAAACCCGCACUUGCAUCUUCCAUGCAAAAGGAUGGGAAUGGAAGCAGUUUACAUUGCUCUGAGGUUUAUAUUCCACAUAGCAAACCAGGACUGCAUUAUGAGGAGGGACUGAAAACAUCAGCAAAAAUAUUGAACUUUAGCUGUACAAAAUGCCGAAACAGCAUUAGGUACAGCCCAAAUGACCUACAGAAACAUUUUCAGCUGUUACACCAUGGAGAGUUGCCAUCUUACCCUUGUGAAAUGUGUAAUUUUUCAGCUAAUGACUUUCAGGCAUUUAACCAACAUCGUCGAACGCAUCGCAGCACUUUAGUAAAAUGUGAAAUUUGUAACGAUGAUCAUACAUAUACUUUGUUGGAUCUGACAAAACAUUUCACCUCUAAGCAUUGUAUGAAUGGUCACUUUCAAUGUGAAAGAUGUAGGUUUUCCACCCAGGAUGUAGGUACAUUUGUUCAGCAUAUUCAUAGACACAAUGAAAUGCAGUAUAAAUGUGAUAAAUGUCAUCAUGUCAGUUUUUCUGAAGAAGAGUUUCAUAAACACGUUGCUUCACAUAUUGGCACAUUUCCUUUCAGUUGUCAGUAUUGCAACUACAUGGCAUCACGGAAAAACUAUCUUUUAAAACAUAUUAUUACCUUACACAGAGACCACCUCUAUGCAAAACAUAAAUUGGACACAGAUAACAGUGAAAAGAAGAUAAAAACUCCAACAGGACUAAAACUUAUCUUGAAAAGGUACAAAACUGGGGCAUCUAGGAAGGCACUAUGGAGACGCAAAAAAAUUACCAGCAGCAGUUGUAGAAUCGGAGAAGAUAGACAAGUUCUCAGAGACACAGAGGAUAUUAAGCCUAACUCAGAAGAGCUAGAAAAGUCUGCAAAAGAGCUUCAGGUAAAUGAAGAUAAGAUUGUUCUAAAUGAAAAGCAAAUCUACCGUGGAAUGAAAUCCUCUCAACCAGCAGAGUACAAUAGAACAGAAGAUGGAUUGGGUUCUGGUUUGGGAUUGCUGAAAAAAGCUGUUCAUGGCCCUACAGUAUUGAUGGUUAAAAACAACAAAAUAUCUGUUCCUGCGAACUACAGUGCUAAAUUUAUGGGAUUUAAAAUGGUAGACGGUAAGCAACAUAUAGUAAUAAAACUGCUACCUACAGAUAAACAGAAUUUGCCUGCAGGAAAUAAAGUUGAUGUGGUUAAAGAUGGUUCAACGGACUGCUUACAGCAGACAGCUGAGAACUUUAAUUUUCCUUCAGGUGCCGGACCUCAUGAAAUUAACCAACAGUUGUCCAAAAAUAAUUCAGUAUAUUCAUUAAUGUCAUCUCCAGUGUCAUUUUCUAAUCACCACCCAGGAAAAAUAAAGCAAGAACAUUUCAGUUCUUUAAGUUGGAAUACAUCUCAAAGUGCUGCACCUCCUAUUGUAGUGGUAGGAAACUGCUCAAGUCAUUUGCCUGUGAAGCCCAAUUCUUCACUUUCUAGUGAUUUAGUGGCAAAAGCUGGAACUCGGCGUAUUGUUUCAUGGAGGAACUGUAUACCUCAAGACCAUCCUCAGGUUUUAUCUUCUGCUGACACACACAUGCUUCAUUAUGACCCUAUGAAAAAAAACUUCCCUCCAGAAUUCAAAGUCCUGAAUGGUGAAGUGAACAAUAGCAGUAAACACAAUAAUCUUUAUUAUUCAUCAGCAGAUAUUUCUAAUCAAGUACCGUUGCCUUUCCAUAAUUACUCCAAAAUGGAUAUUUUGGAGAAAUCUAAAAAUCUUAUAUCCAGCAAAACCAUUCCUCUCCAAAGCAGGUCUGUCAGUGAAACAGCUUGUUUUUCACAAUCAGCAGCAGGAUUAAAUUCAGAAAAAAGAAUGUCUUACGGCUUCAUACAUACUAAUAAUGAUCCAGUAUUCUCAACCAACCAACCUAGUUAUGUCCUCGAUAGACAGCAUUGUAUAGAAAAUCAUGAUGGCCGGAGGUAUUUGAAUACUAAGAUAAAUCAAGUGUUGGAACGUGUAACUGAAAUACCUAAACAGGAAAAGCCUUCCAGUUGUAUAAAUCCAGUUAUGCCUAAAAUAACAUCAGUUUUCUCACUCCAGGGUAAUCAAGCAUCCAGCUAUUUGUCACCUAAAGUAAACCAGUCAUUACAAGAUGUGUUAAAAGGACAAGCUAUUCCUCAGUCACACAACUACAUUAGAACUAAUUAUAACCAGUCAUUUCCAAAUAAUCAAACAGAUUCUAAAACAGCUACAUACUUCAGAAAUUCAACAGUUCUGUGCAAUUUAACCCAUUCAUCUGCUAAACUCAAAAGAGAACUCAAUGUGAACUGCAGUGCAACAAAAGAAAGUGCAUGCUUCAGGAAUGAAGGACGAGUACCAACCACAUCUUUUAAAACAGAAGAAAUAGGCUCACCUUCCAGGACAGUGGGAAUUGGUACAUUGCUUAAGACUCAGGCAGAUUCCAUCAUAACACAGCAGUUGGCAAAAGACAAGAUGCGCAACGGGAUCCAUCAUUCUAAUGUCAUCCGUCCAACUCUUCCAGAACAAAAAAACCCGAUGCUGCUUCAGCCAUCUCCACCAAGAUUUUUUGUACCUUUGCGCCUUGCCCACCAGCCAGGCUUGCAAGUUAUUUCAGGAACUCCGCCUUCAAAUAUGAGUUCAUCAGAUGCUCAUGCAACACGAGGUGCAACAACAUCUUUACUGAUAAACAAAGCACCUGGAAUGAUUUUGACAUUUGGUAGUGGGUCACUUGGAACAAUUGCAAAUGCCACUGAAAAUAAUUCUCAGGUUUUAGAGAAAUUUGCGUCUAAAGAGAAUGGUAAAGGGGCAGUAUCUUCAUCAGAGAUGGAGUUGAAAAUAGACAGUUGUAGAAGUAUAAGAAAUUCUUCUGGUGUUAAUGUAUGCCGUGGGGCAGUAAGUGCUUCAUCCACUGGCCAAAUCCAAAAGGAACAAAUUAACAGUAUAAAUCCAGAAAGUGGAAUUUCUUCUGUGAAAAUACUUGCAGGAUAUCAAAGCAGUAAAGUUGCCUCAUCAGAGUCAAUAAAACAACCCGAGAUUGGACAAGAACCUGUUUAUGCACUUUUGCCUGGUGGCAGACAAGCAGUUUUUCUUAAGUGUAUGUCGCCAAACAAAUCUCUAGUACAGAAUCAUAGUGUUUCUCAAAAUAGUUCUGAUAGUCAAAAUACUGAACCAAAGAAACCUGGAGCAAUGCAGCAAAAGCUUUUUUUGAAAAUUAAGACUUUGCCUGCUGCUGACAACAGUCAAGCAGUUAAUAAUUCUCUACUAUCUUUACAGUUCAAUAGUAUGCAUUCCCUUAACAGAUCUGUACUAGACCAGGAAAAGACAGCAGUUUCUUCUAGCAAUGCCUUACUCUUACCAGGUAGAUUGAUACCAGCAAAUGCCUGUUCAGCAAGUGAUAAAUCAAAGGAAACUUGCACUUCUCUAGAGUCUGUACAUUCCUCUAAGCAAGCAAAAGUAUGGUCACAAAAGAACCAAUUUGAUUCAACACAAACAGUAACUGCUAACAAGGCCAGCAGUUUGAGAAGCCAAAUGUCAGUAGAAACUAUGACAAAUAAGAUUUCAAAAGCUAAACGUCAUUCAAAACAAACUGGUGCUAAAGUUUCUGAUGCUGCAGUAUCACAAAAGAACAGGAGUCUGAAACGAAAAGCCAAGGAAGAUCUUCAGGAGCCCCCUCGAAAGAAACCACUGCAUCGAAAGUGUAAACAGAAAAAUCUAAUAGAUAUGAAUGAAUUUGAAUCUAUGCUUCCUGCCCCAUGUAAGCCAAGAUUGUCAAAAGACACAAAAAGAAUUCUAAAGUUACUUCCAUUUAAUUCCAAGCAACUUGUCAAAUGCCCACGAAGAAAUCAGCCUGUUGUAGUACUAAACCAUCCUGAUGCAGAUGUUCCGGAAGUUGUAAAUGUUAUGAAGACAAUUGCAAAAUUUAAAGGACAUGUGCUGAAGGUCUCUUUAUCGAAGAGGACUAUUGAUGCGCUUUUAGAGCCAGCAUAUUAUAGUAACAGUUUGUACAUAAUUAGUAGUGAUCUCUCUAAAAGAAAACGUAAAAUGCUGAAGCCUGUAAGUCCUGUAAAAGAAAGGUUUGUGUUAAAAUUAACACUGAAGAAAACUAGCAAAAAUAAUUAUCAGAUUGUGAAAACUACUUCUGAUAAUACGCUGAAAACUAAAUUUAGCUGCUGGUUUUGUGGGAGAAUAUUUGACAAUCAGGACAAUUGGGUAGGGCAUGGCCAGCGUCAUCUGAUGGAAGCCACUCGUGACUGGAAUUCAUUAGGGUAAUUUAUUAUGAUUAAUCAUGAAGACAAAAUAAUUCAUUUGAUUGCAGGUUAUUUUGGAUAACAGCAGUAAAAUUAUGUUUCUGGGUUUUUUUAAUGGAACAAGUUUCAUGGUAGCACCUAAAAUGGACCUGUAUGAAUGAACUGCAGUUUAAAUUGAAGUUUGUUACUACUAUCAUGUCAUAUAUUUGUAUUUAGAUAAAGAAUUUCAGGGCCUUUUUGUUCUGUAUAUAUUUAAAAAUCAAAGUGUGUACAUAUUUUUGUACUUCAGUUAUUUGCUAUGAAAUCUUGCACAGGAAUUGUAUUUUUUCCAGCUCUGUGCAUGCACUACUAAAAAGGUUUUUCAGCUACACACAGCUAUUGCUGUAUUUUUCCUUGCUCUUCAAAACAGAACAAAUCAAAACCCACCAACCUUUUCUUUUCCAGGGAUUGAACACUGUUGUUAGCAAGUGCCUAAAAUAUGUGAAGCAGUUUACUUUGUGUCAACUGUAUAACCAUAGGUCUACAUAGGGCCAGGUUUUCUAACAAGUUUCUUUUAAACAAAGCCAUAUGUGAAUGCUUUAAGCUAUAUUGCUAUGCACAUGACACUUGUACUAUUUCUGUGCAGUUUGUCUACUUUCUUAGUGAAAUAUUUUUCAUAUAAAUCAAUAAAUGUGUUAUUAUGUUUAA